CGAAACAAAGAAACAAAGCGGCGCGUCUGUUACUGUCGACGCGACGCUGCAUGCAGUGCGGGACGUUACGGCGUUACCGCCCCGCUUCACUUGUACCUGGCCUCUGGUCCCUUCCAAGCUGAGCGUCCAACAAGUUCGCGAGGAGCUGCUUUAAAAUCUAGCCGAGAGAGAGGUGUGUGUUUGUUUGUUCGGCCUGCUCUUCCCUCGGGAAAGUUCCCGGAACGGAGGGUUAAGUAGACCCAACCGUGAUCGGGCCUACCGCUGUAGCACACACACUAGGGAGCGUCACACCAUGCCAGCUCGACGUCCGCGACCACGGCCGCAAUUACAAGAGUUUGUCGCGGUUGCUACUCUCCUGGGGUCGUUGGCACGAUUCAGCCUGGCAGAGCGUGCACAUGUGCACCUCGUUGUCGCCGCGGGCGGCGAAACAGCAUCGAAGCCAUUGCUCGAGGAUGGCGACAAGAUGGGCGACGCUGACAAGGGCGGGGGUGCGACGGCCCAGCAGCAGCAGCAGCAGCAGCAGAGGUUGUUUGUCCCGCUCACGAGGCGGGCCAGAGCGGGCGGUGCCGUGUACGGCGUGGAUGUGCGCGAUGAGGGUAUCUCGCGUCGGAGACUUGAGCUUGACGGGGCUGGCGGGGCAACAGCAGGUGAGUCGAGACAACCUGAGGACUAA